AUGCCCGGAAAGGCCGCGCGGAUACCGUGUUCCCGUGCGCCCGUCAACCGAUUCCCCAUGGGCGACCGUGCAACCGCCCUCCGGAACAGGGCGUUGUUACGCCAACGAACCUGUUGGAGCCAGACCCAUGCGCGCCUUUCUUGUAUUAAUCGGCAUCGUCCUGCUGCUGGCCGCCGGUGCCAUGGCGAUGGGCUGGAUCAAAGAUCGACCAGACGCGCCCCGCCGUGGUGCAGGCGCCGACCUUCCGCGCCGAAGGGGCCCAAAGGUGUCGGUCGGCACCACCCAGAAGACCGUCAGGUGCCUACCGUCUCGGUCGAAAAAGCCCGCCGACAACGCGCAAUAAACUUUCAUAUCCAGCCCCUUGCCCGCGUAUGUGACGCGGGGCAGGGGGACAUGAUAUUCCCGCUGCCCGAACCGAUGCGCACAGCGCUCGAUGCCGCCGGCGGGCUGGGGGAAGAAGGCGAAGCCGGUGGGGGCGGUGAUCGUCCGUCACGGCCAAGUCGUUCUCGGUCGCGGCCAAUGCGCCCGCCGCCUGCAUGA